AUGUCCCGGGAAAUACGGACGUAUGGUCACCCUAUUACAUGGUAUCUUCAGCCAUACAGGAUCGUGGUAUACCUGCAGGUCACAGGUCUCAGGACUAGAGCUUUUCAGGCCCACAGUCCGUCUCAGAAGGUUUCCAUGUUGGCCUUCCUGGUUAAUGGGCUCACCUGGAGUAACGCUGUUCACAGUGAGAGCGACAAGAACAUGGAUCACAUGACCAACCUGUGGAAGGAUAAGUCGGCUGUAGAGGAUAAGCUCCGCAAACUGUGGAGCCUCCACAACAAGAGGACUGAGCAGAGAGACAGCAGUGUGGGCGGAGAUGACAGCAAGGACCAAGCAUAUGAAGAGGAGGAAGAGGAUUCUCGAGCAGAGAUACGGGAGGAGGAGGACAACAGUGUGAACUCCGCCAGUGUGGAGGAGCUGGAGAAACAAAUCGAGAAAUUAUGGAUGCAACAGAACCAGAUCACAAAGAAGCUGCUACACUCUCACUCACAGCCCUCCCUGAUAAUUGGACAGGGCCGCUACAUGAGGCGUUACUGGCUUCUCCCAGGGUGUGGCGGCGUCUUUGUUGAGGGCAUAGAGAGCAGCGAAGGUUAUGAAGAGUUGAAGGAGGGACAGGAAACGGCUCAGGUGACCAGAAUAAAGGAGGAGCAGCUGGAAGAGCCCAUCCCUAAGGGUAAGAAUGGCUCACUGCCAGAAGACGCCCAAUUCCUCCGGAGUAGGAAGAACCAACAGAACCAAAAAGCUGGAGGAGGGAAGAGAGGCAGGGCCAAGAUUGACAGCUGUGGGUCGUGUGCCAAAAAAGCAAAACUGGCCUGA